ACGACUGUUUUGUAUCGUUUUGGAUUAUGUAAUGAGAAUGAAAGCAGCUAACCCAAUAGAUACACUUUAUGUACAUUAUGUACACUUUAUGUAAUCUCAUCAUCAACGUCCUUCGAUGCUUAGCAUGAAUGGUGUCCUAAAAAGACCUGAGGGUUCAGAGAUGUUACUAACUAAAUGUAAAUAGACAAGAGAUGUUUUCCCGCAAGAUUUUAGUAUUGUGCUAUUUUUUAAUAUACUCUGCAUCAGUUAGAUAGGAUGAACAGGACUUUAUUGAUCUCCAAAUGGGAAAUUCCGUUGAAUGUGAAUAUUAUAAAUGUCAUAUAAAUGUUAUAUAAAUGUCAAUACUCGAUCGAUUUUUUUUUCAUGUUUUUGAAAAUUAAGAGCUCAUACUGCGUUUACAUCACGAGGUGCGUGAAAAAGAUUAGAUGUCUGGGAUAAAGGAAAAAGAGGAAAAGUGUGUUUACAUCUUUAGACGUUGUUCGUGAAUAUUUUUGAUUUCGAGUUGUGCUAUCUUAACAUCCUUCGAUAUAAAAUAUUGGUUUCAGACAAAAAAAAGUAAUGUCGAGGGAUAUACAACCCAAACAAAUAUACAAUAACUGAUCUACUUUAGGUUUCUAGUUUUUUUUUUAUGAACAUUUAGAUAUAACACUGCAAAAAGCGUUAAAGUGUACGACCUUGGAAUAAACUACAUUUCCCAGGGGCACAACAAAGGAACUGCGUCACUGCCAUUUUCAUAAGGCAUGCUGGGUACUUUUCCUCUCUCUUUCCGGCUGGUACGCCAUCAUGUAAGCGAGUAUUUCUUUGCUUUAACACCAAACUCAAUCCAUUUAAAUCACUGUAUUUCUGCAUCCAUCUGUCUGCGAUACACACCACACUGAUAAGCGUGUUUAUAACGAUCACUAACGCCUUAUUAUUUUUGGUUAACGUUGUUUUAAUCAUGGAUAACAGCGUAGUUUGAAUGAGAUGCGGCUGAGCCGGUAGCUGUUAGCACAGCUAACACGAAGAGCUGAAGUGUUGAUGGUGUCCGGAGAGAUCUCUGUAAAUGUGCUGUAGACUCCGCGUUUGAAUAAAGGUGGAAACUGCUAUAUAUGUUUUUGUUUUACACAUUGGUCUCGUAAUUUUAUGGUAAAAACGUCAAUGACAGGCUUUCGACUGUUCCUUUCAGUUAGAGCAUGUUAGCUUUGCUUGUGUUAGCCUAGUUCAACAUGAGCAUCCAUCACUCCUGAGCUUCAUCAAAGUGUUCAAACCCCAGAUUUGUUCGUGUUUGUGACAUGCUGUCAUUGAGCCUCAUGGUGUGUUAGAGGGGAGAACUUGGUGGAAGUAGAAAAUACGGAGCAUUGGAACUUUUUGACACAAGUGUUGUGUGUAAGCUGUCUUUCUUUGGUGAGGGUGUCUGUCUUGCAGCAUGCUCUUAUCGUAGGGUGCAGAAGCUCAAAGAAGGCAUGAAUUCCUCUAGUUUACUGUUGUACAAUCAGAAAUUGGAGUUUAGUGGUUUGCAAUGUAAAUUCAGGCUCAAGAGUGGAUGGAGUUACAGCACUGCAUGUUAUGGUUUGUCAGUGCCUGAGCUGCUGUUUUGAUUUCAUAAUACAAAUGAGAAGAACUUUAUUAAUCCACGAAGGGAAAUUGAAUUGUCUGUUUUCUCUCAUAAUAUGUCUCUAAAAGUCAUCUAAUAUUUACACAAGAGUUAGAAAGUCUGUUGGUACAAAAGAUCUUCUGAAUCUUUCUGAGAGAGAAGCCGUCCACCACAUUUGGCCCUUUGGUCCAUCAAGGUGUAAUGAAGUGGGUGAUCCAUGUUCUUUAGAAUAGUCUCCACCUUCCUCAGUGCAGAUCUCUCCACCACAUCCUCCACUGAGUUUGGAGUGAAGACAGCUUCAUAAGUUGGAUCUCCUGGCUCAUAUGUACUGUCUUUAAGAACAGGAUACUUACAAAGAGCUGUUGCAGAAAAACAGAUGUGAAAGGCUGCUGCAAAAAUUUGUAAACUUUACUGCAGAUGUAUGGUUGUAUGUCAUCCUCAUUCUUCCUACUGGGGAUGCAGCGCCAUCAGAUUUACAGUCAGUAGCCAGAAUUAGAGUAUUUACAGCAAUAUAAAUAAGUGUACAACACUGAAUUGAUGAAAAACAACAUGAUCGCUCACUGGCCAAUUUGUUAGUACUAACACAAUUGACAUUUAAAUCUGUGCAUUUCUGAUCUCUUAUUUGAACUGCAAUGUAGAUGCUGUCAUCCUAAUGGUCAUGUUGCAGUGUAUACCCUCUACUUUAAAAAACAAGGUUUAAUUUUGUGAUUUAGAUACUUAAUGCUUUUUCUCUUCUGUUUUUCAGAUAAGUCAACAUGGGAGCAUAUAGGUAUAUGCAGGAGUUAUGGCGCAAGAAGCAGUCCGAUGUGAUGCGCUUCCUGCUCCGCGUCCGUUGCUGGCAGUACCGUCAGCUGUCCAACCUCCACCGUGCUCCCCGACCCACCAGACCUGACAAGGCUCGCAGGCUGGGCUACAAGGCCAAGCAGGGUGAGUGUUGUGCCUGGAGUGUCAACUUAAUGUGUGAUUUUGUUGUCUGACUUCUUGCUCAUAGAGUUUGUGUUUUGGGUUAAUCAGGUUACGUAAUCUACCGUAUCCGUGUGCGCCGUGGAGGCCGUAAACGCCCCGUGCCCAAGGGUGCCACCUACGGCAAGCCAGUGCACCAUGGCGUCAACCAGAUCAAGUUUGCCCGCAGUCUGCAGUCCACUGCUGAGGUGAGUUAGUUUAUUUAUCUGACUUGACUGAAUGUAGAAACAGCUGACGUGCUCAGCUGCAUUGGCAGUAUCUGUCGUCAUUUAUGACUGCAUAUGUGAACACAAUAAGAUGGAGUCCUGUUAAAUUAGCCAUCUGCUCCAACGUCACUAUUCUCACAGUUCAUGAAUCGCCCUAGUGAGAUUGUCUAACUAAAAGGAACCAUUUUGAACUGUUUUUAACCAAUUAUUUUCAAAUGACAUUAUAAGCAUCUGUUUUUUUAACUAGUGUGAUCACAAAAACUCCAUUAAGAUACUUAGGCCUCAGUUUCUGCUCUUGGAAAUAAAACUGACAUUUUACAGACAAACCAAAACUUGGUUGAGAUGUAGAUUGAUAAGGCAGAUAUUUAAGCUUGCAGUAUCUUUACUCAAGGUCUCUCUGCAUGUUAUUUGCAAAAACUGUCAGUCAGAUAUGCUUGUCCAGUCGUCACCAACGGUUUGUAAUGGUUGCUCUGACAAUGAUAUAUUAUUUACAGGGAUCCUAAAAGUUUUGAAACUCUUGAAUUAGAUUGGGAAAGUUAAGUCAAAAUCUGAAAGGUCUUAUUGUCACUCGUGAGAGGUCUUAAUGUUUGUGAUAGGAUUGAAUACUUUGUAAAAAAAAAUCUGUACUGUCUAGAAAGCAGUAGAUUUUGUACAUCCAUGUGACAAAUAGCAGCAUUUUGUAGCUCCUAUUUUGUCUAACUUCUCAAACUUGAACGUUCUAAGUCAGUGGUCCUCAAGUCCAGUCCUCGAGGCCCACUGUCUUGCAUGUUAUGGAUGUUUCCCUGCUCCAACACACCUGAUUCAAAUGAUCAGCUCGUUAUCAAGCUCUGUAAUGGCUUAAUAACGAGCUGAUCAUUUGAAUCAGGUGUGUUGGAGCAGGGAAACAUCCAAAACAUGCAGGACAGUGGGCCUCAAGGACUGGACUUGAGAACCAUUGCUCUAAGUUGAUAUAUAUAUUACAUCUGUGUCGGUUUCUGUUUGCUCUGCUGUGAAAAAUAGUUGAAAUUUUCUGCUUUUGGGUCAGAUAAAGUUUUAGGUUUUUAAAAACUGUGCAGCAUAUAUACUGUUGUUGCACAUUUAGUAGUUCAUAAGCGUGAACUUGAUUUAGCACUGUCACAUAAAUUAGGUUUGAUGUCAGAGCAUCUGUGUUGGAGCCCAUCUGUAUCCUGAUGUUAAACCACAUUUCAUAUAAUCUCCCAAUGCGGCGUAGACCUGUUGAGCAAAAAUUUAAUUUCGUACCUUAGUUUAAUCUCAUUAUGUAAAAAAAAGGGAAAAGUACCGGGUCCGUAAAUAAGACAAACAUCCUAGACACCCAACAGGAGACAGUGUCAAUGCAGCAGUGAGCCAUUUUGCUAAAAGCUGCCUUAAUUUCAGCAUCACCACUUCUGAGUAGAACUUGUCGCCUCACUGAAAGGAAUAACUGGAACAUUUGGUCAGAUAUAAGCCCUGGUUGUGUUGCUGCAGUUCAACAUUUUAGUGUGCAACAAUGUGAAGGUGUUAACUUAGUUAAUUGAAUAUGUAACUGAUGGACACACUAAGGAGGUAAAUGUUCCUGCUACAAAAUAUGAUACAAUUUAGCUGCAACAGUCCUCUCAGGAGAAUGAAUCACCAACCACUGUGUUCCCAAAGGAACAAAAAAACAUUAAAUUAAAAUUCUGUACUAGACUUUAUGGCACAGCCAACCAGUUCCUUUGGUUGGAUGUAAAUUCAUAGAGGCUUCAGCUUUUGCUUCCUGUUGUGAAUGCCAUCAGACCAACAAGUGCAACAGCAUUUGUCUAAUUAAAGGAGUGUGUCCUGCUGAAUAUUCAUCAGCACACAGAGGCCUUUAGGGUGCUGUGAAUUUGGGGAAGGCAGUAUCUCUUUGCAUUACCUUGUCUCAUUUUAAUUGCUCAAUUUCCUUGUGCAGUUAAAUGUAGCAGAUGAGCUGUAGUGUCAAAGUUAGAGGUGCAAUCUUUUUUUUAUGCCAUUUGAAUUUAUUUGCUACAAACCACCAGUGUGAGGGCAGCAGCAGCAGCAGUGUAAACUGACAAAGAGGGAGAGGUAUUGUUUGUGCUGGAGUCACAGAUCUACAGGGAUAGUUCCUAUGAGCAGCUUGGAGCCAGGGAAGCACACAGGAGGAUGCCUCCUGGGAGAGCUGUUGACUUUAUGAUUAAACACGCUUGUUUUACUGACCUUGUUCUGUCAUAAUAGUUACCUCCCUCUCUCUUGUUUCCCAGGAGCGUGCUGGGCGUCACUGCGGAGGCCUGCGAGUGCUCAACUCCUACUGGGUGGGUGAGGACUCCACCUACAAGUUCUUCGAGGUGAUUCUGAUCGACCCCUUCCACAAGGCCGUCAGACGCAACCCAGACACCCAAUGGAUCACAAAGGCUGUGCACAAGCACAGAGAGAUGCGUGGCUUGACAUCUGCAGGAAAGAAGAGCCGCGGUUUGGGCAAGGGCCACAAGUACCACCUGACCAUCGGAGGCUCCCGCCGUGCGGCCUGGAAGAGGCGCAACACCCUGCAGCUGCACCGCUACCGUUAGAGCACGCCACAUGUCUGUACAUUCAUAAAAUAAAAUCCCUUUUUAUGGCGACAACCCUGCCUCC